UUUUAAUUUGUGAAAUGGCAAAGGAUAAAAUACUUUCAGCAAAACUUAAGUAAUAAGAACUUAAAAGUAAAUCAACUCAGUUGAAGACUUAAAAAAUAGCUUAAUUACUUGAGCCUUAAUUUUAAUAGAGUGUAGAAAUAGAUGAUGAAAGGCCAUUAUUAAAAAUAUCUAAUUUUAAGGAUUAUUUACCAGAGGAAAAUGUUUAAAAUGUAGAAAGUAUUAUAAUUAAAUUAGAUAAUAAAUUUAAAGCUAAGAUAAGGGCCAUAUAAAUUAUCAGUGACUCCUCAAACAACAUAUUUGGUAGGAGAAUCAGGUCAUAUAGCGGCAUUUAAUUGGAGACAUAAAUAAUUAGAAUGUGAAUUUGAUGUUAAAGAGAAAUGUUACGAUAUAAUUUCAAUAGCUUAAAGAAAUUUUGCAGUAGCUCAAAAAAGUUGCAUCUUUAUAUAUGAUCCAAAAGGGGUUGAAGUACAUAAGAUUCGAGAGUGCAAGUAAGCAACAAAGUUAGAGUAUUUACCAUAUCAUUUUUUAUUGGCUGCUCUAAAUUAGAAUGGAUAAUUGACAUAUUAAGAUAUAACAUAAGGAAAGAUAAUAUCAAGUAAAAUGUUGUAUAAUUAUAGCAUAUAGAACAACACCUUCAGGUUUAUGUUUAAAAUAAAAUCCUAAUAAUGCAAUUUUAGGAAUAGGAGAUUAAAUGGGAGUUGUAAGAAUGUAUGCUCCUAAUACUGGAACUUCACUUACAUCAAUGUUAUGUCAUAAAGGAGGAGUUAUGUCUAUGACUUUCUCUAGAGAUGGCAAUCAUUUAAUAACAAGUGGAUCGGAAGGAACUGUCAAGGUUUGGGAUUUAAGAACUUAAAAGUUAUAGUCAUAAAUUGGAGUAAAUGCAACUAAUCUAGCUUUGAGUGAUAAAGGUAUUUUGGCAGCAGGAAGAGGAACAGAUAUUAUUAUGUGGAAAAAUUGUUUAAUUGGUGAUUUAAAAACACCUUAUUUAAGAUAUAAAGCUUCUUCUAUGAUUUGUGAUAUUGAUUUUAUUAAACAUGAAGAUUAUUUAGCCAUGAGUACAUUUAAUACUUAUGAAUAAACAGUAGUACCUGAAAGUGGAGAACCUUUUUAUGAUACAUAUGAAUAACCAGAGUUAUAAAAUAAAAAAUAAAGAUUAGAGACUAAUGUUAGAUAAUUGAUUGAAAAAGUAAUAAACUUAUAUUAUUUAUUUUCUAGUUACCUCCAGAAAGUAUAUCACUUCAAUCUUAUAGAAUUGGAACUAUUGAUAGAACUUCUAAAGUUAUUAUUGAAAAAGAAUAAAAAAAAUAAAUUGAAGAAUAAGCAACCAAAAAAAUUAGAAAAUAGAAGAAAAAAAUGAGAGGAAGGUAUUUAUUUAGAAUAAUUAUUUUUAGAAAUAAAAUUGGAAAAAGAGAAAAACUCAAAGAAUUAGAAAGAGAUUAAAAAUAAUAAGUUAAAUGGUAAGAAAUGUUAUCUGACGCCCUUCGAGUUAAAAGAGCCGAAAAAGAAAAGAAGAAGAUAGAAACUAAGUUAUUAGAUAGAUUAGAAUAGAUGUCAAGCAAAGAGUUUAUUAGAGUAGUAUCCUGAAU